UAUGGAGCGUAAGAGAUCACCCUCGCCAGAGCUGAGCUGUGUGUCCAUGAGGGACGAUGCCCCUGCUGGUCAGAGUUUCCAUUCUUGUCCAGUGAGUGCGGAAAUGCAACAGGUCCACAAAUCUCACCUGCUCAACAAGUUUCAGUGUCUGAUGGAGGGUCUUGUGCAACAGGGAAACCAGACAAUGCUCAGAAAGAUCUACACAGACCUCUACAUGGUAGAUGGGGGGAGAGGAGGAGUCAUUGAAGAACAUGAGGUCAGACAGAUAGAAAGAGCAUCCUGGAGAGAAGCAGCCCAGGACAGACACCUCCUUGAGAAUGUAGAGGGAAACAAGCAUUCUAAUGAGCACCAGCAGGACAAGGAUUCUAAUGAUCUCGAGGGAGGAGAGGAUUCUAAUAAUUUACAGCAAGACAAGGAAUCUGAUGAUAUUGAGGGAGGAGAAGAUUCUAAUUAUAAAGGAGAUAAUGAUUGUGAUGAUCUAGAGAAAGAUAAGGAUUCUGAUGAUCUAGAUAGUGAUGGGGACUCAUGGGCUCAUGCGACUGAUGGGGAUGACAGGGAUGACAGCGAGGAAUCUGAUGAUGAUUCUAAUCGUCUGUUGAGGAAUGAGGAUUACAAUAUGUGGGAGUUCAGAAACGUAGAGAGACCAAUCAAAUGCAGUGAUCUCUUUUCAGCAUUGCCUGGAAAACAGGAAUGCAUCCGAACAGUGCUGACAAAGGGAGUGGCUGGCAUUGGAAAAACAGUAUUUCUGCAAAAGUUCAUUCUGGACUGGGUUGAAGGAAUGACCAAUCAGGAUAUCGACUUCAUUUUUCCUCUUGCUUUCCGAGAGAUUAAUCUGAUGAAGGAGGAAACCAUCAGUCUGGUGGAUCUUAUAAAGCACUUUUUCUCAUACAUGGAGGAUCCAAAAGUCUUUAUGAGUUCUGAGCACAGAGUCAUGUUCAUCUUUGAUGGUUUGGAUGAAUGUCGACUUCCUUUAGAUUUCCACUCCAACCCAGAGUGCUGUGAUGUGUCAGAGUCAGUCCCAGUGGAUGUCCUGUUGACCAACCUCAUCAAGGGGAAUCUGCUUCCGUCUGCUCUCCUCUGGAUUACCACCCGGCCAGCAGCAGCCGAUCAGGUCCCACCUGAGUGUGUGAACCGGGUGACCGAAAUAAGUGGCUUCAAUGACCAACAGAAAGAAGAGUACUUCAGGAAGAAACUCAGUGAUGAGGGCCUUGCCAGCAGAACCAUCGCUCAUCUGAAGUCAUCCAGGAGCCUCUACAUCAUGUGUCAAAUCCCAAUCUUCUGCUGGAUCUCAGCUACUGUUGUAGAGAGAACAUCAGAUGGAUCAGAGAACGUAGACAUGCCAAGGUCUCUCACUGAGAUGUACAUGCACUUCCUUAUCAUCCAGGUCAGAAUUAAACAUACCAAAUACACAGAGCACAAUAAGAGUGAUGGAGAAAUGAUCUUCAAACUGGGGAAACUAGCUUUUCAGCAGCUAGAGAAGGGAAAUCUGAUCUUUUAUGAAGAUGACCUGAAAGAGUGUGGCAUGGAUGUGACAGAAGCAUCAGUGUACUCAGGUGUGUGUACUCAAAUCUUCAGAGAGGAGGCCGGGCUGUACCACGGCAGAUUGUUCAGCUUUGUGCACCUGAGCAUUCAAGAAUUUCUUGCAGCUUUGUACGUGUUCCUCUGUUUCAUUAACAGAGAGAGAAACAUGCCUGACCAACAUCAAAUCUCUGAGCUAUCUGCUCUGUUCAGAGCAUCAACACUUAUGGAGCUUCACACAACUGCAGUGGAUCUGGCCUUAAAGAAUGAGAAUGGACACCUGGACCUUUUCCUUCGCUUCCUUCUGGGACUCUCGCUGGAGUCCAAUCAGAGUUUCUUAAGACACAUACUACCACAGAUCGAUAGCCAGUUUCAAAGCUCAGAGCAGUCAGUCCAGUUAGUCAAACAAAAGAUCAGAGAUAAUAUUAGGUCAGGCAGAUGCAUCAACCUUUUCUACUGUCUGAAUGAGCUAAAUCAGCAUGCUGUAGUGGAACACACUGACAGGAGCUCAGGAAAGCUGUCUGUGAAGAUGCUCUUACCAGGAAAGUGGGAGAUUGGAGAGUUUGAGUUUAAGACUUCAGAAGAGUAUCUGGAUAAAUUUGAUUUGCAGAGUUACAUUAAGACACCAAUGAUGGAUCAUACUGAACUCCUCAGCCCAGAUGAUGUCCUCCAGAAGCUGAUGGCAUCUGAUGUGUUCACAUCAUCCACCUCUGCAAAGCUGGAGUCCUGUACUCUGACAGAGAAGAUCCUUUCCGGUCUGGCCCCUGCCCUGACAUCAAAAUCCUCACGCCUUACAGAGCUGACAGUGACAACAGUGGUGGGGUAUGUGCAAGUGUCUGGACCAUCACUAACUCUGUCAUCCUCAGCUGGUUGUCAUCCAGACUGCAAGCCCUGGCAGUUCAGCAUGAAGGGCUAUUAUCUGACAGAUGACAUCUGGUCCUAUCUGGUCACUGCUGGUCUGACCUCACAUACGUCUGCACUGUCUGGGACAGACCCCCCAGAAUCCUUCUUUUCUACUCUUAGUAAUGAAGACUGUAGACUGGAGAAACUACAGUAAGCACCUUUUGAUGUCAGGUUGUGUACAGUAUUUGAUCACUUGCUGAUUUUGUUGGUUUGCGCACUAAUAAAGACAAUAUAAGUCUAUACUUUUCAUG